AUGGCAAAGCAUGGUUGUGGUGUCUCAGAGCUGAAAGCUUACAAUGUUACUUCUUCUUCUCAUGCAAAUCCCCUGAGACUUGGCGAGUUGAGUGACUUCUCUCAUCAAUAUCUGUGUGACUCUCCAUUCACAGAAGCAGUGAUGGAGUUAGAGCGUAUGAAAUUCCACAGUUCAUUAGAGGAUUACACCUCCUCUGUAUCCAACAGAAUAGCAAAACAAGAAGGAGAGAUGAGAAGCAGAAGAGGUGAGUCACCUACCAUGCUGAGCAUGAAAGGGAAGAGGAAACUAAAAUAUCUUGUGUCCCUAGCAAGAACAUAUCAGCCUUACGCCUUCUUUCAAGCUCGGUUUGACAACACCAACACAAGGAGUCUGAUACAAGAGUUGUCAAUGGAAGAGAGAAGAAUGUUUGGGUUCGAUGGCAGAGACAUUGACUGGGAGUACUACAUUGUCAACGUUCAUCUUCCAGGUCUCAAAAGAGAACUCUUUCGCUGA